CGCCUCCGCAGCCGCCACGGGGACUGGGAAACCCAGUAAAGCCGGCACACGGAGCUGGGCUGUCCCCCGUGCCGCCUGAUUCCAGGCUCGCACGCGUGUUGCCGGGCAACAGCACCCCCAGUCGCCCCUCUGGGGGAGACGCGUAUGUCGGCUGGUCAACCCCUGGGAAAUAAGGGUAAAAAGGCAACAAUGAUUCCGGUAUUCUAUACAGGCCGAGCUGCGGACACCUAAGAUAACGCAAUAUUUGCGCAGGGUGGGGCGGGGCUCCGUAAGGACCUCAUCCUGAAGUGAUCACCUGGGAAGCGGAAGCGGUGGGGAAAGAAGCGGCGGUCUACGGCGUUAAAGGUUCCGGUGGGUGUCUGAUCUUUUCUCGAAUGAGACUGAGGACCAGAGAGAGAAUGUGACUUCCCAAAGUCACAGAGUAUUUGGUAGAGCUGGACAAGAACCUGAGCCUGUAACUGAAGAGACCAGAGAUCAUUCAGUUACAAUCUUGGGAAACAGCCCUAAGUUCUUUGCAAAUUAUCUUGUGGAGGAAAAUGCCUAAAGUCAAAAGAAGCCGGAAAGCUCCCCCAGAUGGCUGGGAGUUGAUCGAACCAACACUGGAUGAGUUAGAUCAAAAGAUGAGAGAAGCUGAAACAGAACCUCAUGAGGGAAAGAGGAAAGUGGAAUCUCUGUGGCCUAUCUUCAGGAUCCACCACCAGAAGACGCGCUAUAUCUUUGACCUCUUCUACAAGCGGAAAGCCAUAAGCAGAGAACUGUAUGAAUACUGUAUUAAAGAAGGCUAUGCAGAUAAAAACCUGAUUGCAAAAUGGAAAAAGCAGGGGUAUGAGAACUUGUGCUGCCUGCGGUGCAUUCAGACACGGGACACCAAUUUUGGGACAAACUGCAUUUGCCGGGUCCCCAAAAGCAAGCUGGAAGUGGGCCGGAUCAUCGAGUGCACGCACUGUGGCUGCCGGGGCUGCUCUGGCUGAGGCCCUGGAGCCCUGACCCCUCUCCACCCAGGACUUUGGACUAUCACAGGUUUCUGCCUGUCGUGCCACCCCUUUCCUGAGAGCAGCUCUUCUGGUAGAGCAGUGCCCCAGGCCCAAGUUGGAGCAUGGUCUCUAUGUGUGAAGGCAUUGUUGUUCAUUAGCUGUAAUUUGUAGAAAUAAAACUUUUAACCUUG